AUGACAAGGAUAGUAGGCAGAAAGGACAAAGGAAACACUAAAAAUGUUAAAGAUAAAGGCAAAGAUGAAGAUAGCAACGCUGAUGAUGAUGAAGAUGAAGGUAAUGGAGACGAUGAUGAUGACAACAGCGAUGAUGAAGAGGAAGACAAGAAAAUUAAACAUCUAUUCACUACAAAUAAACAGAAUAGGCCAAAGACAAGAAUAAUAAGCAAAAAGAACAAAGGAAGAGCUAAAAAAGGACAAAAUGACGAUGAUGAGGACGAGGAUAGCGAUGCAGAUGAUGAUAACGAUGACGAAGAUGCUGACGACGAUAAUGAAGAAGAUGAUGACGAUGCUAAUGAUUCUGAUGAUGAUGAAGAAGAGAAACAAAGAAUUUCCAAAGUAAGAAUAAUAGGAGGCAAAGGAAAACUGAAAGCUAGAGAUAAGUAA